CAGGAAAUGUUCAUGGGAACGAUUUACCAAGUCUAAUGGACUUAAACUCUGAUCUACAUUAAAUCUGUCAUUGCAAACUGUUACAUGAGAGAUCAUGGACUUCCUUUAUUAGACCCUGUAAUCAUCAGCCUGCUGGAAGGGGCGAAGAGAGAGGAGGAGGAGGAGGGAACAGCACCUCUUAUUUACCCACUACGUGCCUGCUGGAGGAGAAGAGGGGAGAAAGUAGGAGAGUGGAGGAAGAGGAGGGGGAGUGAGGCUUCUCCCUCUCUCUCUCUCUCUCUCUCUCCCUCUCUCUCACUCUUUCUCUCUCUAAGAGCAUUAACUGUAGAGUGUUCUGCUGGUGACAGGUCUGUCAGGGUCAGAUGGCUGCUCAGCCUGAUUAGACCAGCUCACAGCAGAUCCUUGGCCCAACACUCUACGCUGCUCCACAACAAGGCAGAGCCACAAAGUGGGACAAACUGUACAUAGCAGAGAGAGAGAGAGAGAGAGUGUGAGAGAGAGGGAGAGAGAGAGAGAGGCAAGCAGGGGCAGGGGUGAGGCAGGGAGACAGUGGAGCAGAGCAACAGGUUGUUGCAGGAAGUCUCUCUGCAUCACGACCAGAUUUUUCAGCUACUACUGAGGCGGAAAAAGACUGAAAGCAGGUGAACUUCACUGUGGCAAAGCGACAGAGGAACUACUGUUCAGUCUGUUUGGAGAUGACACGGAAGAACUAACUGAAACACUGGUUGAUGGAGUUUAUGCGGCAGAGUGGUGAUUACUGCCACGCCCAACACUUUUAAACCCUACGUGGGAUGAUGUGCACUAUGGCAUCCUGUGGUCUUGAACCCUGAAAGACAUUUUUUCCAUUGUCCUCUGAACCAGCCAGCUCAUGGGGUAACAAGUGGAGUCUCACACACCGGAAGCUAUCUGAAGAGAGAGAGGGACAGAGAGAGCCACUGAGCAAGGCAGCAACAGUAACAGAGUGAAGGACUUGACAAUCAGAGAGUUCAAAUACAAAGGGACAGACCUGACACACUGUAGCCUGUUGGACUAUAGAAUACAGUCAAUGAAUGGUGCAAACAAAACAGUUACGACCUUGGAAUUGGGAAGACAAGUCAAACGGCUAUAAACAGGACGUUCCAUAGGCAACAGGAAGUGUCAAGGAUCACCUGAAGACUUUAAGUGGAGACCACAGCUGGAACUAAAGCUACACUAACAUUAAGGUCAGAGAUCAUCCUGGGAGGACAAAGGUCACAUUGGCCAACAUGAACCGUCCAGCUCCAGUGGAACUGUCCCACAAGAACAUGAGAUUCCUUAUCACCCACAACCCCACAGACAGCACACUCAGCUCCUUCAUAGAGGACCUGAAGAGAUAUGGUGCCACCACCGUGGUUCGAGUGUGCGAUAUCACUUAUGACAAGACGCCACUCGAGAAAGAUGGCAUCAAUGUGGUGGAUUGGCCCUUUGAUGAUGGAGCCCCACCUCCAAGUAAGCUUGUUGAUGACUGGUUAAGUCUGCUGAAGAAGAAGUUUCAGGAGGACCCAGGAUGCUGUGUCGCUGUUCACUGUGUGGCUGGACUGGGACGGGCUCCUGUGCUAGUUGCUCUGGCUCUGAUAGAGAGUGGGAUGAAGUAUGAAGAUGCAAUUCAACUCAUCAGGCAGAAGCGUCGUGGAGCCAUCAACAGCAAACAGCUAACCUACCUGGAGAAAUAUCGAUCCAAGCAGAGACUCCGCUUCAAAGAGUCUCACGCACACAAGAACAAGUGUUGCACCAUGUGAACACACACAACACACACAACACACACACACACACACACACAUUCUCAGGAAUCCAACCACAUAAGCCUUGUCUCACCUGCACCUGCACCAUCAGGGAUUUUAUGAAUGUUUUUUUUUUUAAACAGAAUUUUUUUUUUUUCAAUUAGAAUCCAUCUUUGUUCACUUGUUUUGUUUGAGGUGUCUUUGAAAGAUCAUUUUAGUCUGUUGGAAUUUUGCUUUAUUUCACAGCUUACAGUGAAGAAAGAUGGAAAAUUCUAUUGAGGGAUGGACAGUUGCGCCCCCAAUUUCUUUUACACACAAAGUUAGAUCAGGGAUAAAUUUGAGACUCUUGUAUGAGAUUUGAUCAAAUUUUCAACAAAUCUAAUCAAAUUAAUUUAGAUUAGAUUAAUUUUUACAGCUCAGUGUAAAUAUCCGUACAUUAAUCCUGCUUUUGCCUGUUUUACUUUUUCAUUCAUUCAUCUACAGUUAGCAUGACAACACACCUAUAUAAUGCUACAAUACAUUACACAUUUGACAAAAAAAAUAUAAAGCUUUUUACGUUUUUUUGUCACAGCCACUGGUUUAAUAUUACAGUAUGUCAUAUACUGUGCUCAAGUAAUGUGUUGACAUAUAAUGUUAUGCUCUGUUUACUGUCUCCCACAGAGGAGAUCUUUGUGGCGAGCAGAAUGAUUUGUAGUAUAAAAUGUGUUACAUAGAAAUAGGAAAUGUCUAACAAAUAUAUUUUGGAUUCAACAUGACAUGAAUUCAGAAACAGUGGAAUCUUCGAUAAGGGAAGGUCAACUCUUCCCCUUCUAUGAUUGCAAAGGUUUGCUUUUUUGAAUAAUUUCUACGUUUACAAACAUAUACAGUAUCCUUUACAAGCGUGUCAUAUCAGCAGAUGGUGACACCUACUGGUCAGGCUGUUUGUUACAGUGACAGGCCAACUUUCGUCUGAUGUGUCUGUUAAAUUGAGGUACUGGUGUCAUUUUAUCUCACAUGUUGCUGUGCAUUGUCACAUCUUUUAGACUUGGUCACAGUACUUGACACACAUUUUAUUGUGCGGCUGACUUUGUUUAUUUGUAUUGUUCCUGAAUGAUACAUGUAAACAUCUGCUACUGACUUGUUUCAUUUUUCAUUCAGAAUUGAUUCAAGUUUUUUCAAGCUUUUUCCCCUGAUAAUAGAGCGUGCACUUUUUAUGUAUUAGCGGGUUGUGUAUCAUAGUUAUACUUGUCAUCUGUGUUAAGAAAAACAUCUACGACAUGAACAACAAAUUGAAUGAAAGAAAUGGGAGCAGCGGGUGUGAUUGGAAGUGAAGAAGCACUAUGUGAGGUGUGAGGAAAGAGGGUCAAAUAUUUUCCCCAGAAACAUUGGCUACAAUGUGAUUCAUUUGUGAGAAUGUGUGCAUGUGUGUGUGUGUGGCCUGGACUGAAUUGACACUUUUUUACAUAAAAACAAAUACUGUAAAUGUCCUUAUGUCUGUAAAUAUUUGCAUUGUUUAAUAAAGGUUUUGUCAUUGCC